AUGUCUGCCAUUAUUCUUUUCCUCUUAAUAGUCCGAUUAACUCUUUCCUUGUCCCCUCACAGCGCCAAGACGGCGAAUCCGCAAACGAUAAAAGAUGCAGAUUUUGAAAUUACGUACGAACCGAAUGGCAGGCAACUUCACAUUGGCAGCCUUAACGAGGAAAAGUGCAACAACUACAGCUACUACAUAAAUGAGCAGUGCGAAAUAAUUCACUUUCUAGAAAAAAUGGAUGAUAAAAAUGCUCUUUUGUGUAAGAACAAAAACAAAUGUGAGUACCUCACUAAUUAUGUGUUCCAAAGUCUGGGCAUACAAAGCGUCCAAGAAGAAGAUUUCUCAAAUUUCACUACGCCACUUAACGCAGAAAUUGAGAAAAAGGAAAAAUGCAACAAAGAAGUGCAGCUAAAUGAAAACAUCAAAUGCAUGUGUUGUAUCAAAGAGAUAGAAAACAGCGAAACCAAAAAAAUAAAUGAAGAGUUAACCCCAGGACAGGCAGCUACAAUCGAUAAGUACCCCUUCAGUGACUGCAAAUGUAUUUUAAAAUAUGAAGUAGACGAUGAACACGCAUUAAGUGCCGAUAAAUGUAAAAACUUCAUUUGCAACAAUGGAAUUUGCACACUGCGGAUGGAUGGAGAACCCCUCUGCUCCUGCGAGGAGAAUCAUUAUUUCGACAAAAAUGUUGAUGCGUGCGUAAGGCAUCAAGAUGGGGUGAACGGAGGGACGAGUCAAGUAAGUCAAGCAGCCAUGGACGAACCGCGCCUGGUCACAUAUGAGAACGACUCGAACGGAAACGAAAUAUACGACGAUCAUAAACAGGGGGACCAUGCUCAGAGAAUUAAUGAUAUCCAAGAUGACAACAGCGACACACAUUCUCAUCAUGCGUCAGGAAGCCAAAAUAACGAGGAAAGUAGAAACCCAAGCAAUGUGUUAACGGAUGAGUGUCCAAUAAAUCACAUAAGAAAUAUACAAGGGGAGUGCCAAAGGAGGGAAAGCAACUCAGCCGAAAAUAUUUGUCUCAGAAUAGAAUGUUUCGUCAAUUCUAAUCCCCCACUAUGCGCAUGUGUAGAUAAAGAUGGGCAAAAAAUAGAUGAAGUUAUCUUCGACGUUUCUCACAUAACAAUGUGUACCCUGAACAAUAUAAACUGUGACAACGGGACAUGCAAUAACUCGCCAAAAAAAGGGGAACUCGCAUGUAUUUGCAACAAGAAAUAUAAAUAUAACAGAUCUUUGAAGGUAUGCAUUGGUUACGCUACAACACAUCUUCUCAGUUGGGUGCUCAUCAUUGCUCUGUUCGGCAUCAUAGCAAAUGCGCUCUGA